UUCGCGCGUUCGCAUUUUCUCGUCAUCGAUCGUGGUCCUUCGUACAGUAUCGUGUCCUGACAAAUGUGUCUGGAUCAUUUUGCAUACCUGAAUUUAAUCAGACGCAAGCACUGUUCAUUCUGCAGAACUGCUGUUUAUGCACAAAAUUACAAAUUUCAUUAAUGUGAUCCUUCGUAAUUUCUUCUGUUCACUCAUCUUAUAUUUUCCGAGGCAUGAACGUUGCAGAGCCCCGGUUUUAGUUUUGUGCUAACAAUACAACAACAGAACAAAGCGACUACUGCUGGAUUAUCUUUUUUGUCUUCUCUCCCUUUAAUUAGUUUUUCAAAUAUAACCGAUUCAAACUGCUAUAGUAUGAAAUUGACUACGGAGUUGAACACAAAAAACUAUACAGACCAUUUUUUAGUUUGAUAUGCAGACCCUGGGACCAAUACAUUAUCUUUUAUUUAUAUCGUUGUCCAGUAGGCAUAUCACAGAUCUGAGCACGGCUUGUUAUGUUUUCCCAAAGGAACAAAAUGAUCCCUGUCGAGACAACCAAUGUGGCUUCGGGUCACGAUGCGUGGUCAGCUCAGAUGGGCGAAACUCCAGCUGCAUCUGUCCAGAUAAGUGUCCGAGCUAUGGAGACCACACAACUUCGCGUCCCGUAUGUGGUUCUGAUGGUGUCGACUAUGGAAAUCAAUGUGAGUUGCAACGAGCAGCCUGUAUCUCCAAGUCGAACAUAAUAAUCAAGUUUUCAGGAAAAUGUGAUCCAUGCACCGGAGUACAAUGUGCGGAACCAGAAGUGUGUCAGUUGGAUGAACAUCGAAAUCCCGUCUGCCGGUGUGGAGAUACCUGUCCUCUGGAAUUCACUCCGGUUUGCGGCUCUGAUGGAAAAACGUAUUCUAAUGAAUGUACUUUACGACAAGAGGCCUGCCGGGCCAGAAAAACCCUCAAUAUCAUUUACCGAGGAAAAUGUAGUUCAGGUAUCAACCCUUGUAUGAGUGUCCGCUGCACCCUGGGGGAAGAAUGUGCUAUAAAUAAAUUCGGUAUAGCUCAUUGCCAAUGCCCACCAAGUUGCGAACCGAUUAUGAGACCAGUUUGUUCGAAAGACGGGCGAACAUUCCCUUCUGAAUGCGAAUUGAAACGAGCAGGGUGUGUCGCCCGUACAACAAUUGAAAUCGCCUAUGCAGGAAUAUGUGGCGAGAAGGGCCCUUGCAGUGAUCAUGAAUGUCAAUAUGGAGCUACCUGUGUGGAAAGAUCCGGAACAGCGCAUUGCGAAUGUCCCGUUUGUCCUGCUGAAUUUGAACCGGUCUGUGGUUCUGACGGAAUUUCCUAUGGCAAUGAGUGUAAGCUAAGAUUGGAGGCCUGCAAGCAUAGGAGAGAUAUUACCGUACUCUAUGAUGGACCAUGUA